AUGAACUGCAUAAUCGCAGUCCUCCUACUAACAGCACGGGACUCCAUGAUCACAGAUCGCUUGAUCAUCAUGAGCAGCUUCGACCCCGACUUUUAUGGUAUCUACGAUCCUCCGUAUAGAAAUAGAUUUCCACCACCCGCACUAGGCUCAGAUAUUUUUAUGAGCGAUAGCACAAUCACUAGUGAUGGCACAUAUAAUGUCUAUUACUGCUCUCCCACCUUGGAAAAAGAUCGUAUAAUAAACAUAAUUACCCAUGGACUAAAUCCCAUUUCGUAUGACGAUAUAAAUUACUUUGGCCAAGACGAGAAUUCAAUAAACAGCUGCAAGGCCUCUAUAACCGCUGAAUUCGAAAAAUAUCCGCAGAAUAAUAUAUUUUUCAUUGACUCAAUUUUGGAUAUGAAAUCGUGCACUUUAUCGAAUAUAGUUUACCUUGCUCAUAUAGGCUGGCUUUCAAUACUGGACCAUCAUAACUUCAAUUUAAAGGUCUCAUCUAACCCGAUAUAUCGCGUAAAAUUGCACAAAGAUUUAAAGAUAGUAGACAUGCUCUCGUCUAAUGAGAUUUUCAUGGUAUAUGAGCAUCAUAAGCAGUACAUUCUCGCCUGGAGUCUUGGUCAUUUGAGGGUUUUUUUCAUUGGAAUGAAUGUACGUGAAUGGAUCUUAGAUUCAAGAAUCGGGAACGAGAAUAUCAAUGUGAAAUCUGUAUGUUAUGUUCUAGGUGAGUAUAAUCUGCAGAUAUUGCCCACGAGGCAGCAUAGUGGUCACAGUUCCUUAUCCAAACACCGGGCAAGCCCACUAUCCUCGCGACUCGCAGGAUUCUUUGGUAAUUCGAAAAAUGCCAUCCAACGAAUAAAAGCGAAAUUAUCACCAUACAAACUUCCCACUAGGACCUUGGGUAGAAAUCAGGAUGCUGUCACGGCACGGCAUUCUGCUCCGCCAUGA